CACGCUGCUCGUCGCCUCGCCCUCCUCGUGAGAAAGCUGCUUGAGCGCUACCACUACCCCCCGACGUCCAACGCUCCCGUUUUUAUAUUAGUCGAGACUGGUCUCCGGUAAGUCCCCGCCCAAUUGCCAUUCGGGAAUCGGGAGCAGAGCGUCGGCCACGCCGCCCAAUCAUCCGUCCCCAAUCCCCAAAGGCACCCACCCCUCGCGCAGUCGAGAGAUCGCACGCGCACCGACCAACCCGCGGGCUCUUCUCCCCCGAGACGCGCCGGCCGGUCGUGGUGGCUCGAGAGCGAUGGACGCGGCGGCGGCGGCGAGGAAGAUGACGCGGAGCAUCUCGCGGCAGCUGUCGUCGGGGGCGGCGCGGCUGUGGCGGCAGCUGUCGCUGGACCCGCACACCCCGCCGGGCGGGGCGGGGCCGACGCGGUUCGCGAUGGCGAGGCUGUCGUCGCUCGACCCGACGCCGCGCGCCGCGGACGAUGGGGCGCAGCAGCAGCAGCUCGCGGUGCCGGAGAAUCUGGACGCCACGAUGCGGCUGCUGUUCGCGGCGUGCCAGGGGGACGCCGUCGGAGUGGAGGAGCUGCUCAGGGGCGGGGUGGACGUCAACAGCAUCGACCUCGACAGCCGCACGGCGCUGCACAUCGCCGCCUGCGAGGGCCAGGGGGAGGUCGUGCGGCUGCUGCUCGACUGGAAGGCCAACAUCAACGCCCGCGACCGGUGGGGAAGCACGCCAGCUGCAGACGCCAAACAUUACGGCCAUUUUGAAGUAUACAAUCUUCUGAGAGCAAGAGGAGCGAGAAUUCCGAAAACCAGAAAGACUCCAAUGGCUGUGUUAAAUCCUAAAGAAGUUCCAGAGUAUGAACUGAACCCACUUGAACUUGAGUUCCGAAGAGGAGAGGAUGUCACAAAGGGUAACUAUGUGGCAAAGUGGUAUGGAUCCAAAGUUUUUGUUAAGAUACUUGACAAAGACAGCUUCUCUGAUGCAGAUAGCAUAAAUGCAUUCAAACACGAGCUUACCUUACUUGAGAAAGCGCGGCAUCCCAAUUUGGUCCAAUUUGUGGGAGCUGUUACACAGAAUGUACCGAUGAUGAUUGUUUCUGAAUACCAUCAAAAAGGUGAUUUAGCUAGUUAUAUUGAGAUGAAAGGUCACCUGAAGUCCCACAAAGCUAUCAGAUUUGCUCUUGACAUUGCAAGGGGACUAAAUUAUCUCCACGAAUGCAAGCCUGAGACAAUCAUCCAUGGCAGUUUGUCAGCAAAAAACAUCAUGCGGGACGAUGAAGGGAAACUGAAGGUGGCAGGUUUUGGAUCACUUAAUGUGAUUAAAGUCUCAGAAGAUAAACUACAAAUGGCUCAGCCAAUAACAACAUUUGACGGUGUAUACAUCGCUCCUGAGAUAUACAGAAAUGAACCAUUUGACAGAAGUAUAGAUGUAUUUGCAUUUGGUCUCAUUCUUUAUGAGAUGAUUGAAGGAGCCCCUGCAUUUCACCCAAAGCCACCAGAGGAAGUGGUUAAGAUGAUUUGUUUGGAGGGGUUGAGGCCGCCUUUCAAGAACAAACCCAAAUACUAUCCCCACGAUGUGAAGGAGCUAAUACGAGAAUGCUGGGAUCCGACGCCUUCCGUGAGGCCAACGUUUGCUGAGAUAAUUGUACGCCUGAACAAGAUUCACGCAAGCUGUGCGAAGCAAACUAGCUGGAGAGACACCUUCAAGCUUCCAUGGAAACAAGCUUCGGAGAGACAGCCGUGAAGUUUCCGCGAGGCUGUCGUACAGAUUCCCCCGGUUUUCGCAUAUGCAAGUAAACACGGUGAAAAAAAUGUGUAUCGAGUGAAGUUGCUCCUUUUGAGUUUCUAUACAUGUGGGAAAAAAGUGACAACAGUUUCUAAUAUGUACUUGUGGCAUAUGCCUCCGGCCAAGUUUCAUUUGAGUUGUCUUCAUCCAAACGGGACCGUUGUACCAUAAAUUUUCUGAAAAAUCCAUACGUGCCACUUCCUCUCUCUAUUA